AUGCCUCUUCCCGAGUGGGCCAUGGCUAGGACAUGGCUGCUACUUUUCCUGGCCCUCAGGGGUCAGACCCUGCCCACAGGCGUGGCUGGCAUUCCCUUUCCUUCUCUGGCUCCACCCAUCACCCUGCUGGUGGAUGGAAGGCAGCAGAUGCUGGUGGUCUGCCUGGUCCUGGAUGCGACACCCCCUGGCCUUGACAGCCCCAUCUGGUUCUCAGCUGGCAACGGCAGCGUACUAGACACCUUCACCUAUGGGCCCUCCCCAGCACCGGAUGGCACCUGGACUAGCCUGGCCCAGCUUUCCUUGCCCUCUGAAGAGCUGGAGGCCUGGGAGCCCUUGGUCUGCCACACCAGGCCUGGGGCUCGGGGCCAGAGCCGGAGCACACUGCCCCUCAAGCUGUCAGGGGAAACUUCCACAGCCAGGACCUGCUUUCAGGAGCCUCUCGGGGGGACACCCGGGCAGGUACUGCGGUUGAGUGCCCUGCGCCUGCUUCUCUUCAAGCUGCUUCUGUUGGAUGUGCUGCUGACCUGUAGCCGCCUCUGUGUGCUGGCCAGCCAGCGCCUACUGCCACCACCCCCGCAUAAGCCCCUGCCUCCUACCCUCCGAAUUUGGGCAUAG